CAUUACGCUACGGUCCGCGAGUCCCCGGAGUCGAGGUUCGACCAAUCCGAGGAAGGAGUGAGUACUGACUACUGAGCAACUGUCAGUGUACUGUUACUUCCCCUGCCUCACAGGGCUGUGCAUUUUGCAGAUGAGGAAACUGAGUCAGAAAAAGUACUUCCUGAGCUCCGUGGGGUCACAAGACUUUGAAGAGGCGUGGUGCUAAUUCGCCGGGACCACGCUUGGCCGUAGGUAGCCUCAGGUUGCAGAGCUCUUCCUCCCGUUCCGGCCAGUGCUCGGUCCUGCUUUGUUCGGUGCUGCCGGAAUCCUGAGCAGUGCGAACGCCGGGCCCGCUGCCUGGGUUAGAGUAAGCAGACCCGCUCCCAGCCCACCUCGCCGCACUCCGCAAACGUUCCCACCGGGACGGACGCGCCAAUGCGCAGGCGCGGGGAGGGCGGGGCGGGCCCUCGGCUUCAAGCCCCACCCACCCGUAAUGCGUUUCCUCUUCCGGCCGGAGGCGGGGUCUCGGUGUCCGCGGGAAAGCCGGGCUCGCGGUUCCCCAACGGGCGCAGCUGCUGGGAUGGCAGACUUGGGGAGUCUGGUCCUGCGGCGUUGGAUUAGAGAACUAAUCUUGGGGUCAGAGACGCUCUCCAGUCCGCGUGCGGGGCUGCUGCUUGAGGUGCUGCAGGAGCCCGACGACCCCGGCCCUUCCCGCGCCCCUGACGUGCCUGACCUGGGGGCCGAGCUGCUUGUGUCUGACGGGACCCACAGUGUCCGGUGCCUGGUGACGCGGGAGGCCCUGAACACCACGUCCUGGGAGGAGAAGGAGUUUGGCUUCCGCGGGGCCGAAGGCCGACUGCUGCUGCUGCAGGACUGCGAGGUUCGCGUCCGAGUCUCCGAACGAAGCACGACGGCGGAGUUCUACCUCCAGGUGCACCACUUCAACCUGCUGCCCAUGGAGCAGCGCCGGGAACCUGUGAUUAGUUGCAAUCAGGACCCCGCCGUUCGGAAAAAGCUCUAUGACUGCCUGGAGGAGCACCUUUCAGAGUCCACUUCCCCCAAUGCAGGCCCUUCACUGUCCCAGCUUCUGGAUGAGGUUCAGGAGGACCAGGAGCACUGGGGGGCGCUAGUGCGCCUGGCUGAGAGUUGUCUGAUGCUGGAAGGUUCUUGCUCACCACCCUGCCUCACCCGCUGGGCCACUUCACGACACAGGACCAUGGGGGAAGCCGUGUGCACUGUCCCCAGCGCAUAUCUGCACAUAUCUGAGUGUGACCAGCGAAUCCUGAGCAGUCUGGGCCAGACUCAGAGGGCACAGGCUAAGGCGGGCUGCAGAGGUCAAAGCUGGAGUACCUGGGGACUCGGCUCCCACGGUGCUGAUAAGCCUCCCUUGACCCCCGAGUCUGAGCUGCCCCCAUCAGAUUCAGCCCUUCGUGACCUAUCUCUGACCCUAAUCUCGUCCUCAUCCAGCUCCUCAGGAACCCCUGCCUUGUCCAGCCAUGCACUGACAGAAGGAAGUGAUGCCAGCGCCAGCCUUUUGCCGACUCUACCCCCCAGGUCCCCACACCUCAGCCGUGUACCUGACUCCUCACUCCUGAACAGUACCCCAAGUCUCCCACUGCUUGGCCACGUCCCUAAUCCAUACCAGGCCCAUGUGACCAGGGCCCAGAAACAUAGGCAAGAGUUUAAGGAGCUGGAGUUGUGGUCGCCCGGCAAGAACUGGCAAUCCUCACCGAGGGCAAGAUCCACCAAGAAAGCCUUGGAGCCCAAUCCUGUCUGGGACCCUCCUAAGAGACACGGUGAUGGCUCUGCGUUCCAGUACGAGUAUGGCGCACCCUGUGCUUCCCUCUGUGCCCAGGUCCAAGCUGCUCGGCUCCCUCCCCAGCUGGUGGCCUGGGCCUUGCACUUGCUGAUGGAGCCUCAGCCGGAGCUAACCCAGCUGUGAGCCGUCACGCGAGCACACGGGAGGACAGCUCACAGGAAACAGGGCAGUCAGGCUCCAGGCCCGCCCUCGGCCUCACCCUUGUGUUCAUUCUUGGACCCCAAAAGCUCCGUCGGGAGGUGCACAGGAGACACAGGACGCCUUCUCGUCACUGUGUCACCCCCACAUUUCAGUGCUUCUAAGUGCAGUCUGAGUCCGUCUAGCUUCACGUGUUAUUCGGGUUUUCUUGAAGAGUUAUUAAAUGGAUACAUGCAGAGCUGUGGCUCUUAUUAGAGGCUGUGACCGGGGGUUGGAUGAAGAGAACCUAGUAUAACACCCUGGGUAGGGUCUGGCAGUGGGGCGUUCUAGAGGGAUAUGGGGAGCAGUGCAGUGAGAGCUAAUUGAGAACAAGACCCCAAGUUCCUGCAGGCAGGGUUAGGAGUCAACAGUGUUUCAGUGAGGGGAGCCCUGGAGGACUUGGCUGUUUUCAGUCUCGUGAUGGUCACAUUGC